AUGACUAGAGGAAGACACAAGAAAAUGUUAAUGUUAAUUGUAAUCUACUUGGUGACAGUAUUUGCUGAACCUGACCCCUCAGACGAAUUAUACAGUCGAUUCCAAAAAAAUCAGGACGAAGACAAGUGCUAUGAUGACAAUGGAAGACCACAGAGGUGUAUACCACCUUUUGAGAAUGCAGCAUUUAAUGUACUUAUGGAAGCAACAAAUACAUGCGGUCAAGAUCGGCCAACAGAAUUUUGUAAACAGACCGGUGUCCAAAAGAAGUCUUGCGAAAUAUGUCGAUAUGGAGAUCAUUUGCCUUUGUUUCUUACUGAUCAUGAUAAUAAUGAUAAUGCAACUUCUUGGCAAUCAGAAACAAUGUUUGAAGGCAUCGAAUAUCCAAAUCAAGUUAAUCUCACGCUACAUUUAGGCAAGACGUUUGAUAUAACUUACGUUAGAGUACUUUUCGAGUCACCUCGUCCGGAAAGCUGGGGCAUUUACAAGAGGAAAAACGAAAAAUCAUCAUGGGAACCUUAUCAAUUCUAUUCUGCGACCUGUAGAGAUACUUACGACUUACCAGAUUUAAAAGAAACAGUACGGGGUGAUGAUACCAGGGUGUUGUGUACUUCUGAUUAUUCUGACAUAUCGCCUUUGACGAAGGGUACUGUCGCAUUCUCUACUUUAGAAGGUCGGCCUUCGGCCUACAACUUUGAAACUAAUCCAGCACUGCAGGAAUGGGUCCAAGCAACAGAUUUAAGAAUUACUCUGGAUAGAUUAAAUACCUUUGGUGAUGAAGUUUUUGGCGAUGAUCAUGUUUUAAAAUCCUACUACUAUGCAAUCGCUGACGUCGCCGUUGGAGCACGUUGCGCUUGCAAUGGCCACGCUGGAGAAUGUGUAAACAGUACCAGCGUAGAUGGAAAAACUCGCAGAGUAUGUAGAUGCGAGCAUAAUACUGCAGGUCCGGAUUGCAACGAGUGUUUGCCCUUUUAUAAUGAUGCACCGUGGGGGCGUGCCACUACUACAGAUGCACAUGAAUGUAAACCCUGCAACUGUAACGGUUAUUCGGAAAGAUGUUUCUUUGAUAAAGAAUUAUACAAAGCUACUGGUCAUGGAGGCCACUGCCUAGACUGUCGAGCUAAUCGCGAUGGUGCGAAUUGUGAACGUUGUCGAGAAAACUUUUAUCAGCGUCCAGAUGACAAUUAUUGUGUUGUUUGCAACUGCAAUGAAAUCGGUUCAAGAAGUUUACAAUGUAACAGUGAAGGAAAAUGUCAGUGCAAACCUGGUGUAACGGGUGAUAAAUGCGACCGCUGUGCAGCGAAUUAUUAUAACUUUGGUUCGUACGGUUGUACUUCUUGUGAAUGUAAUGUAGCCGGUUCACUUACAAAUGCACCAAGCUGUGAUCCUGUUAGUGGUGUUUGUAUCUGUAAAGAAAAUGUUGAAGGAAAACGAUGUCGAGUGUGUAAACCAGGAUUUUUCAAUCUUGCGAUGGAUAACAAGUUUGGUUGUACACCAUGUUUCUGUUAUGGGCAUUCCUCCGUGUGCAGACCGGCAACUGGUUAUUCUAAAGUAGUAAUCGAAAGUAUGUUUGUGAGAGCAGCUGAGCGAUGGACAGCUAACGUAGCUGGUAACCCGAUACCACUUCAUUACGAUCCUCUUACUCAAACGAUAUCUGCCACAGCACUGGAUCGAGACAACGUUUAUUUUGUUGCACCUGACAGGUUUCUUGGUGAUCAACGAGCGUCUUAUAAUCAAGACUUGUCGUUUACAUUAAGAAUUGGAGAAACUGGUCCUGCAGCCACUAUUCGCGAUAUAAUACUUGAGGGAGGAAAUGGAGAACAAAUUACACAACCGAUUUUUGGACAAAAUAAUCGUUUACCUUCAGUAACACCACAUGAGUACCGUUUCAAAUUACACGAACACUCUGAUUAUGGUUGGGAACCUCGUCUUCUUUCUCGAGCAUUUAUGUCUAUUUUAUCAAAUUUAACAGCUAUCAAAAUUCGUGGCACCUAUACCCAUCGAGGUAGAGGGUUUUUAGAUGACGUCAAAUUGGAGACAGCCCUUCGUGGUGCGGCAGGUGAAACCGCUGAUUGGGUAGAACAUUGCCAAUGUCCUCAUGGCUAUGUAGGGCAAUUUUGUGAAUCUUGUGCACCUGGAUUUCAUCACGAUCCACCAAAUGGUGGUCCUUUUGCCCUUUGUGUACCUUGUAAUUGUAAUAGUCACGCAGAUAUUUGUGAAGCUGAAACUGGACAGUGUAUUUGUGAACAUAAUACAGCUGGUAGUAAUUGCGAAUUGUGUAGACGUGGAUAUUAUGGUCAUCCUUUAAAAGGUACUCCUGAUGAUUGUAAACCAUGUCCAUGCCCUGAUCAUGGACCUUGUAUAUUACUUGGUAAUAAUCCAGAUCCAAUUUGCUCUGAAUGUCCGCUAGGUAGAACAGGACCUAGCUGUGACAUCUGCUCAGAUGGGUAUUUUGGAAAUCCUAAAAAGGGUAUAGCUUGCAGACCUUGUGAUUGUAACAACAAUAUCGAUUUAAAUGCUGUAAGAAAUUGCAAUCACGAAACUGGUGAAUGUUUGAAGUGUGUAAAUAACACAGCUGGUUUUCAUUGUGAAGAAUGUCUUUCAGGAUAUUAUGGAGACGCGUUGUCUGAUCGUAAAGAAGACGGGUGUAAGCUAUGUCAAUGUUAUCCACCAGGUACAGUUGAACUCUAUGAUGGUAGAGUGGCACCUUGUGAACAAUUAACAGGACAUUGUACUUGUAAGCCACAUGUGAUCGGACGAAAUUGCGACAAAUGUGAAGAAGGAUAUUAUCAUAUACUGAGUGGAGAGGGAUGUGCGCCCUGUAAUUGUGAUCCUGAAGGAUCUUAUAAUCGUACUUGCAAUCCUGUUACUGGUCAAUGUGAAUGUCGACCUGGCAUUACUGGUCAACAUUGUGAUGCAUGUGUUUCUCAUCAAUAUGGAUUCAGCAGAGAAGGAUGUAAAUCUUGUGACUGUGAUAGUAUCGGUUCUCAAGACCUGCAAUGUGAUGCUAAUGGGCAGUGUCCAUGUCUCCCUAAUGUGGAAGGAAGACGUUGUGAUCGUUGUAAAGAAAACAAACAUAAUAGACAAAAUGGUUGCGUUGACUGUCCUGAUUGUUAUAAUCUUGUUCAAGCUGCAGCUAAUAGUCAUAGAGAACGUUUAACAGAACUUGAAAAUACACUCAAAAAGAUCAACAGUAGUCCAACAGUUAUAAAAGAUUCGGAUUUUGAAAAAGAAUUGAGAAAUAUUCAGGAUAAAGUAAAGAAUCUUUUACAAAUUGCAAAACAGGGAUCUGGAAAUGAAAAUAAGACAUUAAUGGAACAACUUGAUGAAUUACGUGACCAGUUAAAUGAAAUUGGUGAAAUCUCUCAAACCGCAAAUUUGACUGCUUCUAGCGCAAGUAAAACUACUUUUGAAGGUCUUAUGAAUAUCAUCGAAGCAGAAAGUGUGCUUGAUAAGAUACACACCCAAUUAACAGAUGCAGAAGAUUAUUUAGCUACAGACGGAGCAACCGCAUUAUCAAAAGCAAAAUCACGUGCAGAACAAGUUGGUCAACAAAAUAAACAAAUGACUUCAAUCGCACAAGAGGCGCGUUUAUUAGCUGAUUCAAAUGUUAAUGAAGCAAAAAAAAUCCAUGCAUUGGCGGAACAAGCUCGAAAUACAACAAUAGAAGCUUAUACUCUUGCAAAAACAGCUAUAGCAAAAUACUCUAACAUGUCUGAUGAUAUCAGAGGAUUGGAAAAUAAGUUGGAGUCAUUAGAGCAUCGUAUGAACGAGGUGAAAAAUUUUACCAGCAUAGCAGCCACUAAAUCAUCUGCUGUUUCACAAGAAGCAUUAGAUCUACUGAUUCUUGAUUUAGCUCUUCCACCUGUUAAUAUUGAGCAAUUAAGAAACCAAGUUGAAGACGUGAAUAAUGAAGGGUUACGAUUGAAAGAACAAGCACAAUUACUGUUAAAUCAAAAUGAAGAUUUUAUAAAUGAAAUAGUAGAUAAAGUAAAAAAAAGUGAAGAAUUAAUAGAACGAGCACAGGAUCAACAAGCAGCUACUGCUGAACUUUUAGCUGAAUUAGACAAAGCAAAUGAGAAAGCAGAUGAUGCUGUAAAACGAGGGGAUCAAACUUUAAAAGAAGCCCUGGAAACAUUGCAAAAAUUAAGUGAGUUUCAUGCUGAAGUAGAACGUGAACGCAUUAAAGCCCAAGAAGCUUUAGAGGACAUAAAAAAUAUUCAAAAAAUAACUAUGAAUGCCGAAGAGCGAGUUUUACAAGUUGAGAAAGUAUUGAAUGGUUCUGAAAACAUUGCCGAAUAUGCUCGUAAGAUAGCACAAAAUGCUCAGACAUAUGCAGAAGAAGCUAGUGCAAAAGCGAACGCUAUUAGAACUGAAGCAAAUAAAACUAAAAUAGAAGCACUUCGUGUAGGAAACGAAGCUGAAAAAUUACAUCAAAGAGUUGACAUUACAGAUUCCAUGAUGAAAAAAUAUGAAAAUCAAAGCAAUCAAGAUACGAAUAUUACAACUGAAGUAAAUCAUAAAGUUGGUUUAGCUAAGAUUAAUGUAACGGUAGCAUCACAGCAAGUUGAUAAAGCAUUAGCUGAAGUAGAUGAAAUAAUAAAAGAACUUGAAAAUCUACCGGAAAUUGAUGGUGCUGACUUAAACCGAUUAGAAGAACGCUUAGUUGCAGCUGAAAAACAAAUUGCAGCUGCAAAUCUAGAUCAAAGAAUUCGUGCUUUAACGGAUGCCAAAAAUUUGCAGACACAACGGGUAAAAAAUUAUGAAGAUGAAGUCAGUAGAUUAAGAAUUGAAGUUGAAAAUAUUGAUGAUAUAAGAAAAGUUUUACCUAUCAUUUGUCAUAAACGUCUACGACUCGAACCAUAA